AUGGGUCACGGGCAGUAUAGUUUUUUCUCGCCGCUGCUGCCGACAUUGUUGUUGCUGCUGCUCCUGCCAAUCUUGCUGAGAUGCGGCGGUCGCAAUCUGCGACACUUACACCUCGUAAGCUGGUCAGGCUGCAAACCUCAGGUUAAAACAGCACUACAGGACAGCGGGAACGACAAGGAGCUGCCAAAGAGCCGCGUCGGGCCGAAAACAGGUGUAGCUCAUCCUUCCGGAAAACCAUGGUUCACUGAGCAAGAAGUGAAAGAGUACCGCCGGGAGCUGCUUGCUUGGUAUGAUCAUAAUCACCGCGUCCUGCCGUGGCGCCGUACGCCUCACUCCAAGAAGGCGAAUGCCGGUGCUGCUGAGGUGGUUGCCCCCGAAGGCGAACGCGGCAGCCAGGCCGCCGAGGCCGCCCCCGCCGAUCUCCCGCAGCAGCAAUUCGCCUACUGGGUGUGGGUGAGCGAGGUUAUGCUUCAGCAGACACAGGUCGCCACCGUCAUCCCCUACUUCAAUCGUUGGGUGACCAAGUGGCCCACGGUGGCGGACCUAGCUGCUGCGGACAUUGACGCCGUCAACGCGCUCUGGGCGGGACUGGGCUACUAUCGAAGAGCACGCUAUCUUCUUGAUGGCGCGCGCUAUGUAGUCGAGAAGCUAGAUGGCAAGUUCCCCACCACAGCGGCGGAGUUGUUAAAGAUUCCUGCCGUGGACGGCAACGUCAUCCGAGUGGUCAGCCGCCUACGUGCGCUGCCGGGCGACCCCACCAAGCUAGCGGCCACACACGCGGCCAUGGCUUCGGAGCUCCUGGACCCCCAACGACCGGGGUGCUACAACCAGGCACUUAUGGAGCUCGGCGCCACCGUCUGCAGACCGGUCAACCCCAGCUGCGCUGCCUGCCCCGUGCGGGGCGUGUGCCGGGCGGUGGCGGACUGGGACGCGUACUUGGCGGCCGGCGGAGACCCCGACAAGGAAGGCGCGCCGUGCGUGACCCAGUACCCGGGGCGCAAGGCGGUGAAGGAGAAGCGAGAGGAGGCGGUAGCGGUGACGGUGCUCGAGGUAAUCUGCACGGUACAGCCGCUAGCGGGUGUGGCCGCGGCUGGCGGCUGCGGCAAAGCUCCGCCAGCCGCAACAGCAGUAGCAACAGAAGCAGGAACAGCAGGGAAGGCACCUACACAGCCGCCGCGUAAGCGUCAACGGACGAUGCAGGACUUUGCGCUCGCCGCCGCAGCGCGGAAGCAACAGCAACAGCGGGAUGGAGAUGCGGUGGAGGGCACUAAGGACCGAUCAGGAGCGGUCCAGCAGACUCCCGUCAGUGCGGCGGCGGAUCAGGAGCGGCAGUCCGAGACGGGGCAUCAGGUGGCGGCAGCCAGAGGAGGGGGAGGGGGAGAAGGAGCCGCGGCAGGUCCAUGUGAUUUGGAGGCGCUGGUCGCUCGGGGUUCCCGGCACUACCUGCUGACGAUGCGGCCACAGGGUGGGCUACUGGCGGGGCUGUGGGAGUUCCCUGGUGUCAUUGUCCAAGCGAAUGCGGCUGGUCGAGGUGGCAAUGGUGAAGAUGGCGGCGGUGGUGAUGGCGAUGACGAGGCCGACGACGACGAUGGUGAUGAUGAGGAUGAUGAGGAUGAGGACGCAAGGGGGAGGAAACAGAAAGGCCACGCGGCGGCCGGCAGGAGGAGGACCCCUGCUGGCGCCACCUCUGCGGAGCGGCAGAGAGCUUCCGAUGUGCUGCUUCGCCGGCUCCUAGGCGCGAACGUGAGCUUGGUCGGGCCUGCCGCGGGUCCUGGCGCGGACGCGGACGCAGCGGCACCAUCAGACCGGAACGGAGCAGGCGACGGCGAUGGCGCGCCUCCGCCGUUGCACACACUCCGGGUGCUUGCGCGCCACGAUAUGGCCCAGUACGUGCACGUGUUCAGCCACAUUAGGCAGACGAAUUACAUCAAGCGCGUGACGGCGGUAUUUCACGGCGACCAGGCGACGCUGCAGCGGCUUACUGGGCCGGCGGUGCGGGCGGGUGCUGACAGCGAGCCGGGGCGUCCUGACGGCGACCUCGAUUCCGAGGACAUGGAGGUUGUGGAGGUGAAAUGUCCUGUCGAUCCGUCGAGGGGCGGCGAGUCCAGAAGGGAUCCGAAAGCCGCAGAAUCAGAAGGGGAUGUUGAAAAAACACCUGGAGGCAGCGGCAGUACGACUAAAGCAGGGCAGGGCAAUGGAAAGGGCACGAGCCGGAACCAGAGCCGCGGCAACAAGGCAGCGACGGGGAUGGCACCGCGGGACAAGCAGAAAGCGGCAGCGGGGCUCGAACCGGGGCCCGGCGGGGGUGCUUCGAUUAUGUGGGCGUCGAGGCAGCAAAUCGAGGGCCCAGGUCUGGCGUUGAGUUCGGGUGUGAAGAAGAUCUUCCAACAGGCAAUUGGGGGCUUGGACGGGGCUGGGGGAGGUGGUGGCCGUGCGGUUAAGCCUGGCGCGGGGAAGGGUAGACGCGGAGGCGUCAAGGCAGGCACCGGAGGUGCUAAGGCCACGUGA